AUGAUCCCAACAGGACUUGUUCUCGGAGCCGCGUCCCUCGUCACUCUUUUCAAGAGUUGCUUGGAUUUGUAUGAUGCUAUCGAAUUCGGUAGAAAUCUCGGCACAGACUACAAGAUACUUGUCACAAAGGUUGGGGUUGAACGUGUUCGCUUAGAACUAUGGGGAAGCUUGGUAGGGCUUUAUGACUUGCCAAAAGAUGAAGACUCUCAGGGAGAUGGCAUCGCCGAAUACUACGAUGUGCUAGAUUCUCGACUUGUCGAUCCGCGCAUUGCCAGUGCAGUUGGAGAUAUUCUGAAUCGCAUGCGGCGCCUCUUUGAAGAUAGUGGAUCCCUGGUGACGAAGUACGGGCUACAAGUACUGGCUUCUGAUGAUCUUGCGGUUCUUACCAUCGAGAAUCCAGUUAAGAUGACAUUUAAGAAGACAUGCGUCGGCAUCGCGUAUUCAGAAGCAAAUGCCGCAGCACGGUGGGCGAUUAAAGACAAGAAGAAGUUUGAGCGCUUUGUUAAUGAUUUGCAUGACUUUAACAACAUCCUGACACUGCAUUUUCCGGACGUGGAGGAAAAUACACGUACAACCAUGAUAACCGAGAUCAAAGAGUCAACAGAUCUUGACAGUCUUCAGCUCGUCGAGGAUGCGCUUUCUCACCUGACCGGGGGUGAGGAGCUUUAUUAUACACUGAAAUCACCAGUGCCAUCUAGUCAGUCGGCGCCGAUUGGUAGACACGGAAGCUAUCCGCUCGGUCCACACACCACACAGCCUUGCUGGAAGGUGGGAGUAGUCAGUAGGCAACAAGUACGGUAUGGUGUGAGCCGAUAG